AUGGGGGACGUGUACGGGUUUGUAUUUCUCCUUAUGGUCGUCUUGUACACCGUCGCGGGCGUCUACAAGGGCGGCAGAAGGUACAUUCAGGCAAAAACCCACUCCCAUGUCUCCGUCUCCUCGUCGCCCGCCUUCAAAAGAUUUCAGCUUCAGUUUUUGCUUGUGUACUUCUUGGCCAUGGCCGCUGACUGGAUGCAGGGACCUUACGUGUAUCGUUUAUACUCGUUUUAUGGGCUGAGCCGGCGUGAGGGCGGCCUUUUGUUUAUCGUUGGCUUCGGCUCCUCGCUGCUGCUUGGGACCUGGGUUGGCCCCUUUGCAGACAUGUGUGGUCGCAGGACAGUGUGCCUGCUUUACUGCCUCGUCUACGCCCUCAGCUGUGCCACGAAGCACGUCAACAGUUUCCCUGUGCUCGUGGUUGGCCGCCUGCUGGGCGGCGUGGCUACCUCCUUGCUGUGGUCGGCCUUCGAGAGCUGGAUGAUCAGCGAGCAUCACACACGAGGCUACGAUCCGGCGUGGCUGGGGGAAACGUUCUCACGGAUGACGGUUGGAAACGGUCUAGUAGCGGUUCUUUCUGGACUCGUGGCCCAAUGGGCCGCCGACGCGUUUAGUCACCCCGUUGCCCCCUUUGACCUGAGCGCUGCUCUGCUCAUGCUAUGCUUUGCUGUGGUCGCCGUGCGCUGGCCGGAGAACUACGGCGCCCCACAAGCCAACCUUUGGCGACAGAUGGUGUCUGCCUCCACUGCGGUGCGUGACGACUACCGCAUUCUUCUAACGGGCGUGCAGCAGUCCCUGUUCGAGGGCGCCAUGUACGCCUUCAUAUUUUUCUGGACACCCGCGCUGGAGACAGCUGGCGCGGUGCCGCACGGACUCGUCUUUGCCAGCUUCAUGCUUGCCCUGAGCCUGGGCGGGCUCGUGUUUGACCUAUCUAUCGAGCGCGUUGUAGCGUGGAUGCCCGUGCUGUACAUGGUUGCCGCCGCCACCAUGGUGGCGCUUUCCCACACGGAGAGCCGUGCCGGAAAGAUGGCGGCAAUGACUGUGUUUGAGGCGGUGGUGGGCUUCUUUUGGCCCUGCAUCGCGACGCUGCGGGCGGCGUACGUCCCGGAGGAGUGCCGCGCCUCUGUGAUGAGCCUCUUCCGGGCCCCCCUCAACGCCCUCGUGUGCCUGAUUUUGUUCGUGCAGGGCACAAUGGCCCUGCAGAGCGUGUUUCUUCUUUGCGCCCUGCUGCACGCGGCGGCGGCCCUGGCGGCAGUUCUACUGAGGGCGUUUGUGGGACCUCCGCGUCGUGGGGACCACAUCCUAAGAGGCGUGUGA